AUGGGAAAACUCCGAGCCGUUCUCGAUGGUAGCGAAUACGCGAAUGGAGCCAACGACACGUGCAAAUCGGCCCUUCUUACCUCAUCUCAAGAUCUUCUAGCCAAGUAUCCAAAUGUAACUAACGUCUCGGACGAGGAAAUUCCUGAUCUCAUCACUCAGAUCGGCAUUGCCGUUGGAACGCGCGAUAUUUGGAUUGUGAUGGUGGAGCUGGGCCAUGUGAUCAGUCAGCGCGCAGCUGUUGGUCGGACAACAUUGGGUCACGUUGGCACAAACGUGAAUCUGUAUUGCGAGGGACUGCCGACCUUCGAGCGGAUGUGCAAGGGUAUCCAUGAAAUCACGUACGUCAGCGAAAUAAUGGCACUUUAUUUGUGGCUACUUCACCAGCAGGAGCUUGAGACGCUAAAACACCGUAACAUUUCAGCGCUUGAAAACCCGAUUGCAUUUAUAGACUAG